AUGAACCACCAGCCGACCGACGCGGAGCUCGACCAUGACUGGAAGCCCAGUGGGCGCCGCCCACAGUCCACAAUUGCCCGCUCCUUCAGCCAGGAGCUGAUGGACAUCUUCCGAAUCGAGAACAGCGUAGCCGACCUGACAGAGCAAGUGGACAAGCGGAAGCAACAAGUAACGAGCGGGCAGUCGGAGCUCGAGGCCCUUGAGCAACGCAUCAAGGAGAUGGAAGCGCGCCUGAACCAGUCAAAGCCCGGAGCGGCCGCCUCAGGCCUGAGCCCACGAACACAGCGAACAGCCGUCGGGGACACAUUCGGCCAAGCACCACAACCACCACAGGCACCGGCCGCCGGGAGAGCCUCGAGACCCGGGACCGCGAAGCAGAGCCAUCAGCAAGCCCCCGUGCGCGGAGGUGCCAUGCCGCCGACCCCCACAGCCAGCGAAGGUGAAUACGAGCUCGUCAAUACCUCCUCAUCCUCCGGUGACGGUGGCGCCGAGACGCGAAGUUUUACUGACUAUGUAAUUGUUCCUCAAGAUGGUCAUGACCGCGACUCUUAA